AUGGAAAUGGUUAGCAAAAUUGUAUGCUUUGUGUUUUUGUGCAUGGUGGUGGUUGCACCCCAUGCAGAGGCAAUGAGCUGCAGCCAAGUUUCAUCUAGCUUGGCUCCUUGCGUCCCUUAUCUUCAAGGCCGCGGCCCUCUAGGAGGUUGUUGCGGUGGUGUUAAGAGUCUGUUGGGUGCAGCCAAGACCCCAGCUGACCGAAGCACAAUAUGCACUUGUAUAAAAACAGUAGCUAAUGCUGUUAAGGGACUUGAUACCGGCAGAGCCGCUGGUCUCCCUAGUACUUGUGGCGUUAACAUCCCUUACGAUAUUAGCCCCUCCAUUGACUGCUCCAAGGUCCAGUAA